AUGUCAAAAUUUUGUCAAUGCACAGAUCCAAUAGGAAUUAAUUUUUUCAAAGCCACGUAUUUUCAGAAAAUGCAAGUAAUGAACUAUUUAAUAUUGCUCAUUUUUAUUUGUAGUCUGUUUAAAGGUUUCCAAUUUAAACCUAUGACAAUUGACGAAAACAGUGAUCUUGAAGAAUCCGAGUACAGCAACGACGCUGUUGACGAGGCAAAUUCUGACGAUGACGAUACAUCCUUAGAAGACCAGGAACAAAGUGAUCAAGAUAAACUGGAUCAACCACUUCGGUCCGAAGAGCGCUGUAUGGAAAACCGUCGUUCAGCACACACUGAAUCUGAUAACGAUGUGUUCAACAAAAUGGAGUCCGAUGAAAGUCGUGAACACAUAUCGAAUGGCCGUGAACCUUUUACUGUUAAUAAUCAAAAUGUUGAAUAUCGUGGUAAUGAACACUAUGACUCAAACAAUGAUAAGUUCCUUUUAUCUUCAAAUGAAAAAAGUAAUGCACGAAAAACCUACGUCAAACAACAAGACGACUCAGAAAAUUACUUUUCUAAAAAAUCAAACGACGCUUUUAGUCAAGAUCGUUACUUAAAACCCUAUUAUGAAGAUAAUCGUCUAAACAAGGACAAAAUUACCAACGAAAACCGUGGUUUUGAAAUAUUAGAAUAUAAUAGAGAUACACGAAGCUUAAAGGAAGAAAAUAUUUCAGACGCAACCAAAGGAAGUGCCAAUUCCAAUGACAAUUGCAAAGGAAACGAACAAACAGUCAUAAAAGAACACGUCAAGAAAUUAUCCGAAAGAGACUUCAAAGAACUUCUAAGCUCCUUGACAGAAGACAAGAAAGAACUGCUACAAAGACUCAUCGAUGAUAAUAGCACGGCUGAUGGUGUUAUUAAAAGGGAAAUAACUAAAAUAACCGCUGAAGACGAUAGCAAUGUAUCCAGUGGAGAAACUGAAUCCAAUAAAGAUCUGGGUGUGAGCAAUAAUCUGGGUGAAAGUGCUGAAUAUCCAAGUGCACAAGAUGUCGCGACUGCAAAAAAUACUGUCGACUUAAAAUAUUUCGAAUCAAACGCUGGAUCGGAAAUCAAUGAUCAACAACCAUUAGCAGAUUCUACAAAGCCUAAUAGUGAAAAUAAUUUGCACAGUGCUACGGAAAUAAGUUUAAAAACUGAAAUUCAUCCCAUUCUAGAUGACAGCGAUACUAACGGAAAUAAGCUAGUGAAGAACUCUGAAAUUAGUGAACAUUCGGAGCCAUUGGGUGAAUUUGAAAACGAUUCUCAAAACAUGAAACCUUUUAAACGAGAAAUUGAAGCUGAUGAUGAAAUUUCACAAUCUUUACAAUCUCUAGAAGACUCUUUUCCGAAUACAAAUAUUGACGAAAACCCAUUACUAUAUUCUGAACCACGUAUUCGAGUCAAAAGAACAGAUUCUAAUCAAAUUGUUAAGAAAAGGGGAGCCGGAAUCUUACCUGAAGGCAAGAUGGGAUAUUUUUCAUAUAAAGCUGAAAACCAGGACGAAGAUAACGACGAAGGAAAUGAGUUUGAUGACGAGAGCUUCUUCGAUAACUUAUCUGAAUCGUCAAGAAACAAUGUAGGUCUAGAAUACUCAGAUUUAAAGAACACAAAAAAUUGUAAUGAAAAAGCCAAAUCUUACGAUCCAAGUAACAUCAGUAUUUACAAUGCGCAAAAGGAGACUGAGAGCGUUGGUUCAGACACAGAUACAAUUUUAUCAGGCAUGGAAAAUAUUGAUGAUAAGCUCAUGCUUAGUGGCGACUCUCGCAAUAAGCGUCAGCUUUUGAAUCAAAGCAAUAAAUACUUGGAUAAAUCAUCAAUCAGUGACGAUAGAGUUGAACCUUCUUCAGAAAAAUACAUAAAUUCACCUGGUUAUCACGAAGACGAUGCAUUUGGUCCUCUGCCUCAUAACUCAGUAGGCGACUUAGGAAGAUAUAAAAGGAUUCGGCGUGUUAAAGAAUCUCAUAAAAAUGAAGAUACGAUUUGCAAUAUUUAA